ACUGGUGGCUAGGCCCCGCAGCACGUGUGACGGGGUGAGACGGAUCCACGUGGCCGCUGGUUGCUUCGCGCAUCUCCCUUCGGCUGGGCGUUAGAGUACGGGACGGGAAACGGGAAGGAUAGCGAAACCCUCACGCCGCCCACCUCCCAAUUGCGGAAGCGAAUAAAACACCGCAGGAUUCCGGUUUGGCUCCAGCGUCGGUGUCCCCCGAUUGGCUCCAAACCUUGCGGCCCCGUUCGCGCGAUCGGAGCUAGCUGGUUUGGCGGGAAGGCCCUCGCCUCUCCUGUCUUCUCUUCAGCUGGAGGUAGUUGUGGGGGUCGGUCGGUGUUCAUCGUAGGGGGCUGGGGGCGUCAGAGUUGUCGGCGUUUUCUUUUCGUUUCAGCCAAGGAGUUGAGUUGAGUUUCCUUGGCGGGAGCAGAUUUCUUGCCGCCGCGGCAGAUCGGGACUGCUCCUGUUCCAUCUACGGACCAAAUCGCUUCAGUUUUUGCUCUGAUCCCCCCAAAUCAGGUCGCUGCCUUUGCAACAAUUUACUGAAAUCGCUCAUCUGUUCGUCUGGUGAAGCAAAUCGCAAGCUGAUUUCCCGAAUAUAAUCUUCAGCUCACCUUGAUUUCGCUGCAAUUUGCUGGAAUCGCUGGGCCAUUGCUGCUCAGCUUGAUUUGAGACCUGCCGACUGCUGACGGCGCUUUGUGGGGGCUAGUUACCGCUGGUACUGUUUGGGAGCUGAAAUUGGAUAGAGAAGGCUUGGAAAAGCGCAACCUUUUCUGGUGACCAUGACGCUACUGGAGGAGUUGAUCCGGGCGAUUGAGCUCUGGCUGCGGAUUGUGAAGGAGCAGGUGCCCUUGGUCGAUCCAACCCUUGACCCGGUGCUACUUGUUCCUGGUAUCGCCGGCUCCAUCCUAGAAGCUGUUGAUGAUGCUGGGAACAAGGAGAGGGUGUGGGUGCGCAUCCUCGCCGCGGAGCAUGAGUUCCGAGAGAAGCUCUGGUCCAAAUUUGAUGCCUCCACUGGUGAAACUGUUUCUGUGAACGAGAAAACGAGAAUUAUUGUCCCUGAGGAUAGAUAUGGUUUGUAUGCCAUUGACACAUUAGACCCGGACAUGAUCAUCGGUGAUGAGACUGUGUACUACUAUCAUGACAUGAUAGUGGAAAUGAUUAAAUGGGGAUAUCAAGAAGGAAAAACUCUCUUUGGAUUUGGUUACGAUUUCCGCCAAAGCAACAGGCUCUCAGAAACACUUGACAGAUUUUCCAAAAAGCUAGAGUCAGUUUACACGGCAUCUGGUGGGAAGAAGAUAAAUCUUAUUACUCACUCAAUGGGGGGAUUGCUUGUCAAAUGUUUCGUAUCUCUGCACAGCGAUGUAUUUGAAAAAUAUGUUAAGAGUUGGAUUGCAAUUGCUGCACCAUUCCAAGGUGCCCCUGGGUACAUAACUACUAGUCUGCUGAAUGGAAUGUCUUUUGUCGAAGGAUGGGAGUCAAAAUUCUUUAUUUCCAAGUGGUGUAUGCAGCAAUUGCUACUUGAGUGCCCAUCAAUCUAUGAGUUGUUGGCAAACCCUAACUUCCAGUGGAAAGACACCCCACUGCUACAGAUUUGGAGAGAGAAUUUGGAUAACGAUGGUAAGAAAAGUGCCCUGUUAGAGUCAUAUGAGCCUGCAGAAGCAAUAAAGAUGAUUGAAGAGGCUCUUUCCAAGAAUGAGAUCGUUGCUGAUGGGAUGCAUAUUCCGGUGCCCCUUAAUUUGGAUAUAUUGAAGUGGGCAAAGGAAACUCAUGAUAUUUUAUCCAGUACAAAGCUUCCAGAAUCAGUGAAGUUCUACAAUAUUUAUGGGACAGAUUAUGAUACUCCGCAUACUGUCUGCUAUGGCACUGAACACCAUCCGGUUUCAAACCUUAAUAACCUCUUAUAUGCUCAGGGAAAAUAUGUCUAUGUUGACGGUGAUGGAUCUGUCCCAGUAGAAUCAGCAAAGUCUGAUGGGCUUAAUGCAGUGGCAAGGGUUGGAGUUGCUGCUGACCAUCGAGGAAUCGUCUGCAGCCACCACGUGUUCCGGAUUGUCCAGCACUGGCUGCACGCUGGAGAACCUGAUCCAUUCUACAACCCCCUGAACGACUAUGUCAUACUCCCAACAGCCUAUGAGAUCGAGAAGCAUCAUGAGAAAUGCGGGGAUCUCACAUCAGUUUCAGAGGACUGGGAGAUAAUCUCCCCGAGCGACAACCAAACCUUGAGGCCAGCUGAGGUUCCUCCUAUGGUCAACACCCUAACUGCAAGCUGGGAGGGCGUGGAGGGCACACUGGAAGAGGCGCAGGCGACAGUCAUCAUUCACCCACGGAACAAAGGGCGCCAACAUGUGGAAGUUAGGGCUGUUGGAGUUAGCCAUGGUGGCUAAGCCAGCCAUAGGGAACAUGCAGGUUGCCUCGCAGAGCUGAACCUACAGAGCAACACUGUAAAAUAGCUGUACAUAUGGCCUCUCUAGGAAAUCUGUGUUUAGAACUAUCAAAUGUUUGUGCUGCUUGUAAAUGGUAAGAACUGCCAAACUGGGGCUCUAAUGAUGAAUCAGAAGGGAAAGAGCAAAGCCGUGUUUGGAUUGCAAUUUCCUCGCAAAGAAAUAAGAGGGUAUUGCAAUUUGCUUAUAUGUUGUGGAUGGAAAUUGAAUAGUUUACACUUUUUAGCUUGUCUGUGGAAGGGAUAAAUAAAGGCUUUGUUGUUGUAA